CCCUUUUUUAAGAUUUGAAAAACAAAAUUCUAAUUCUAAUUGUCAAUAGAGAAGGCUAUUGUAUUCAGUCUCAAAGGCGGCGCUGGAUAUGUUCACAAAGUGCGUAGCGCUCGAGUUGGGCCCCAAAGGCAUCCGGGCUAAUGUUGUCAAUCCCGGUCCAAUGAAGAGUCCAUUUUUUGCAAACACUCGUAAUGUGACUAAAGAAAAAUCGGACCAUAUUUUGGAGGGGAAGGCCAAUAAGUGCCCGAUUGGACGGGUGGGUGAGCCCAUGGAUGUGACAAAAGCCGUGUUGUAUUUGACGUCCGAUUUGGCGUCGUUUGUGACCGGAUCUAAUUUGGUGGUCGAUGGCGGUGUCCAAUAUAUCUAA